UUCACAAAGGCACUUAAAAAUUGCAGCUCUUUUUUUCCUCUCCUUUCUUUCUUUCAUCCAACGUUGUCAAGGCUCAGUACACAAAGGAAUCACUAUGCCUGCACAACACAGUGAAGUGUUGCACCGACCUAUCUAACCUUUUUCAGGUCCAGGUGGAGAACAGCCAGGUAGCUCCAGAAAUCCAUGCAUGCUGAUUCACUCUGCUGCUUACUGUUUUUGAAAACACAAAGCAUAAGAGAGGCAGGAAGAAGUGUUUCAAGUCUAUCUUCUGGAGGGAAACUUCAGUGAUUUGAAAAGAACUCUGCCACUUGAUACCUACUGAGAGUUCAAAUCAGGAAAUAAGAGUGGUGUUUGAUUUUCUCUGCUAUGAUCACUGUUGCAAGCUCGAGUCACUCAGUGUCCCAUGAUUAAUUUCAGAAGCUGUUUGAAAGAGCGGUUGGACCAGCAGUAAUCACUGUUUAGUGAAGCAUUUAUAGACAACCUACGUGGUAGGCCAAAAAAUCGGCAGGCCAUGGAUAAUAAGAAUGUAUCAGUCAAACAACAUUCUAAAAGAACCAAAUCUGCCCUGAAGAAAGAUGGUUUUGCAUCACCUUCCUUACAAGCAUCUUUAGAAGCUUUUGCAGUACCUCUCCCACCAGACUUAGAAAAUGAAGAUCUGAUGUCGGAGAACACGAUUGAGAGAAAGACUAACUAUGAGCAGGAGGACUUGAAGGAACAGUACGACAGAGAACAAGACAAGGGAGCAGAACAUACCUUGUACAACCAAUAUGAGGAAAAGAUCCGACCCUGCCUUGAUCUUGUCGACAGCCUAAGAGCUCUUGGAAUAGAAAAAGACCUGGCUUUGCCUGCGAUCGCAGUGAUUGGAGACCAGAGCUCUGGGAAAAGCUCUGUCCUAGAAGCCCUGUCUGGUAUUGCUCUUCCUAGGGGCAAUGGUAUUGUUACUCGAUGCCCGUUGGAACUCAAACUGAGAAGAAUACCUGCCACCAAGGCAUGGAAAGGGAAAAUAUGUUACCGCAACACCAGCACAGAGCUCCAGAAUGCCUCUGAGGUGGAGAAAGCAAUAAGACAAGCCCAGGAUGUUGUGGCUGGUACUAGAGGUGCCAUCAGUGGAGAACUAAUUUCCCUAGAAAUUUGGUCUCCAGAUGUCCCAGAUCUGACACUAAUUGAUCUUCCCGGAAUUGCCAGAGUGGCUGUAGGGGAUCAGCCAAAAGACAUUGGGGAACAGAUCAAAAUGCUAAUUAGAAAAAUUAUUGGCUUCAAAGAGACGCUCAAUUUAGUAGUGGUGCCAUGUAAUGUGGAUAUUGCAACAACAGAAGCACUGAAAAUGGCUCAAGAAGUGGACCCCAGUGGAGAAAGGACACUAGGGAUCCUCACCAAACCAGACCUGGUGGACAGAGGAACCGAAGAGAGCAUUAUUAACAUAAUACGAAACCUGGUCAUCCCCCUCAAAAAGGGUUACAUGAUUGUGAAGUGUCGUGGGCAGCAGGACAUCCACAACAAACUUGCCUUGGCUUCUGCAAUACAGCAGGAGAGAAAGUUCUUCGAGAAUCACAAAUAUUUCAGCAUUCUUAUGGAAGAAGGAAGGGCUACUAUCCCUCAUCUGGCAGAGAAGCUCACAAAUGAACUUGUGAGACAUAUUAUUAAAACUUUGCCAACACUAGAGAGCCAAAUACGUGAGGUGCUCCAAAAAACUUUACACGACUUACAAAGGUACAGAAGAGGUACACCCACAACAGAAUAUGAGAAGCUGAUUUUUCUCACAGAUUUGAUCAAACUCUUUAAUCAAGACAUCUCUCAGGCAAUGCGUGGAGAGGAACAGUUGUUUGGAAAUGAAACCAGACUGUUUGCAAAAAUCCGCAGAGAGUUUCAAACAUGGCAAGUGAUUCUCCUAGAGUGCACUACAAAAGUUAAAAAAAAUGUACCCAGUAAAGUGUGGAAAUAUGAAGACCAGUAUCGUGGACGGGAGCUCCCAGCCUUCACCAAUUACAGGACAUUUGAGGACGUUAUAAAAGAGCAAAUCGUAGAACUGGAGGAGCCAGCCAUUGAGAUACUGAACAACGUGAUCAGACUGGUUGAAGAGAAAUUUGUGGAACUCACUAAAAGGCAUUUUGCUAAUUUUCACAAUCUAAACAGAACUGCUAAGAUCAGAAUUGAAGACAUUAGAGAGAAACAAGCAGCGGAGGCUGAAAGACAUAUCCGGACCCAGUUUAAAAUGGAGAGCAUUGUAUACUGUCAGGAUGACCUUUACAUUAACGAUUUAAAUUCUAUUAAGGCAGAAAAUACUACCAAAGCUGGCAAUGGGAAAGAGUUGCAGUUUGGAUCCAUUUCGAAUCAAGAGCCCUGCUUUGUCCAGGAAAUGGUUUCUCACACGAAGGCCUAUUUCAAUGGAGCAAGUAAACGUCUCUCCAAUCAGAUACCUCUGAUCAUCCUGUCUUCUGCCCUUCAUGAUUUUGGUGAUAACUUACAGACCACUAUGUUGCAUCUUUUGCAAGAAAAAGACAAGUUAAGCUAUUUCCUUCAGGAGGACAGUGAAGCUGCUAAACACAGGAACUACCUCAGUCAACGAGUUAAUCGGCUUGCCAAAGCCUGCCAGUACCUGAGAGACUUCACCUCGCAAUAGCUAUCUUCAUUUCUCAGAAGAAUUUUUCUACUCUUGCUUUCUGACAUUUUCUAGCAUAAAAAACCCUAAAAAUGUAAUGUCAGCACAGACCUUUAACACUUAUACCUAAUGUGCAGUUCUGCUUUAUUUUCCAUAAGCACUUCUAUGCAAACACCUACCCUGAUAUAAAGCACUCCAUUGCAGUUGUGAUUAAAUAAAUGUUAUCCCUUUUUUUUUUUUUAAUUUGCUUUAUGAACUCCAGAUGAUCAUUGAAAU